CGAUGCGGAACGCUUCCACUUCGCUCAGGCCUCCGGCGAGAAAGGUCGUCGAGUCAUUGUUUACACGAGCCGAUUGGCUAGACUAUGACGCGAGGAAAGAUAAAUGGGGAUACGCAGUAGAGUUCCAAAGCAUGGGAGAGGUUACCAAGCUGGAAAAACGUCUCCACAAUGUUGUGGAAUCAUGGAAACAAACACAGAAUCAACCUGUUGAAGUGGAAUAUAAGCUACGAUCGGCAGCAAAGGGCAAGGGGAUGAGUGGUGAGUCGUUGACUGCACCUCAAUACUGUGAGAGCUGGUGGUUAGAUCAGGGCUUUCUGUUGAAGUAGGAUGAUGGGCAAAAACGCUCAUAUGAGUGUAACUUGUUUGGAAGAAGAUUUCGAAGGACAUUUCAACGAAGGGCUAAUGCAACACCUACGG